GUCCCCUACUCCGAGCGGUGUCAGCUUCCGUGCGGAAGCGGUGGCCGUGAGGGAAGAAGAUGGCGGCGACUGUGGUGGCGUCGCCUGGUGCGGUGGCUAGUCGGGCCAACAAGCGCAGCGGCCCUGGGCCGGGAAGCGGCAGCGGCGCGGGAGCCAAAGGGUCGGAGGAGGAACCGCCGCCGCCCCUACAAGCAGUUCUGGUGGCAGAUAGCUUCAAUCGCCGCUUCUUCCCCAUCUCUAAGGACCAGCCUCGGGUCCUCUUGCCCCUGGCCAAUGUGGCACUAAUUGACUACACUCUGGAAUUUCUGACCGCCACAGGUGUACAGGAAACCUUUGUUUUUUGUUGCUGGAAGGCUGCUCAAAUCAAGGAACAUUUACUGAAAUCCAAGUGGUGCCGCCCUACAUCCCUCAACGUGGUUCGAAUAAUUACAUCAGAAUUAUAUCGAUCACUGGGGGAUGUUCUCCGUGAUGUUGAUGCCAAGGCCUUGGUGCGCUCUGACUUCCUUCUGGUGUAUGGGGAUGUCAUCUCAAACAUCAAUAUUACCAAAGCCCUGGAAGAACACAGAUUGAGGCGGAAGCUAGAAAAAAAUGUAUCUGUGAUGACAAUGAUCUUCAAAGAGUCAUCCCCUAGCCACCCAACUCGUUGCCAUGAGGACAAUGUGGUAGUGGCUGUGGAUAGUGCCACAAACCGGGUUCUCCAUUUCCAGAAGACCCAAGGUCUUCGACGGUUUUCUUUUCCUCUGAGUUUGUUCCAGGGCAGUGGAGAUGGUGUAGAGAUUCGCUAUGAUUUACUGGACUGUCACAUCAGCAUCUGCUCUCCUCAGGUGGCUCAACUCUUUACAGACAACUUUGACUACCAAACUCGAGAUGACUUUGUGCGAGGCCUGUUAGUGAAUGAGGAGAUCCUAGGGAACCAGAUCCACAUGCACGUGACAACUAGGGAAUAUGGCGCCCGGGUCUCCAACCUACACAUGUAUGCGGCUGUCUGUGCUGAUGUCAUCCGCCGAUGGGUCUACCCACUCACGCCAGAGGCAAACUUCACUGACAGCACAACCCAGAACUGCACUCAUUCCCGGCAUAACAUUUACCGAGGGCCUGAAGUCAGCCUAGGCCAUGGCAGCGUCCUGGAGGAAAAUGUGCUUCUGGGCUCUGGCACCGUCAUUGGCAGCAAUUGCUCUAUUACCAACAGUGUCAUUGGCCCUGGCUGCCACAUUGGUGAUAACGUGGUGCUGGACCAGGCCUACCUGUGGCAGGGUGUCCGAGUGGCUGCUGGAGCACAGAUCCAUCAAUCUCUGCUCUGUGACAAUGCUGAAGUCAAGGAACAAGUUACACUGAAGCCACGCUGUGUCCUUACUUCCCAGGUGGUAGUGGGCCCAGACAUCACGCUGCCUGAGGGCUCGGUGAUCUCUUUGCACCCUCCAGAUGCAGAGGAAGAUGAGGAUGAUGGCCAGUUCAGUGACGAUUCUGGGGCUAACCAAGAAAAGGAGAAAGUGAAGCUGAAAGGUUACAAUCCAGCAGAAGUCGGAGUUGCUGGCCAGGGCUACCUCUGGAAAGCUGCAGACAUGAAUGUGGAAGAGGAAGAAGAACUACGGCAGAAUCUAUGGGGACUCACAAUCAAUGUGGAAGAAGAGAGUGAAACUGAGAGUGAGCAGAGUAUGGAUGCUGAGGAGCUAGACAGCCGAACGGGCUCCCCACAGAUGGAUGACUUCAAAGUAUUCCAGAAUGAAGUCCUGGGAACACUACAGCGGGGCAAGGAGGAGAACAUUUCUUGUGACAAUCUAGUCCUAGAGAUCAACUCUCUCAAAUACGCCUACAACAUAAGUCUAAAGGAGGUGAUGCAAGUAUUGAGCCACGUGGUCCUGGAGUUCCCCUUCCAACAGAUGGAUUCCCUGCUGGACCCAAACCGUUACUGCGCCCUGCUGCUUCCCCUUCUCAAAGCCUGGAGUCCUGUUUUUAGGAACUACAUAAAGCGUGCAGCUGAUCAUUUGGAAGCAUUGGCAGCCAUUGAGGACUUCUUCCUGGAGCAUGAAGCUCUUAGUACUUCCCUGGCCAAGGUGCUGAUGGCUUUCUACCAGCUAGAGAUCCUGGCUGAGGAAACAAUCCUGAGCUGGUUCAGCCAAAGGGAUAUGACUGAUAAGGGGCAGCAAUUGCGCAAGAACCAACAGCUGCAGAGGUUCAUCCAGUGGCUAAAAGAGGCAGAAGAGGAAUCAUCUGAAGAUGACUGAAGUCACACCGCCUGCUCCUACGGGUGUGUUGAUAGCCCUCCCAGCUUCUGGACCAGAGCAAAUGAGAGGCUAGUUGCUGAAGGAUGAGUGAUCACCAUCCAAGCUGAGACUUAAAGGAGCAGAGGCUGGAACUACAGUAUUCUUCCCACCGCCAGUAACCAUGUGCCUCCCAUCCUGACUGGGGAGUUGGGAAAAGGGAAGUUGGGCUGGAACAAAGCUCUGCCUAAAGAGGAGCAAGGCAAGCCCUGCAGUUAGAGGAAGCCCAGAGGAAUAUUUUUGUGCUCUGGCUUUCCCUCAGGGAACAGCAGAGAGCAACUGGCCCUUUCUGCUGCUUGUAUUUGUUAAUAUUAAAAAAAAGAGAGAGAGAGAGGGGGAUGUAUUUGGUUUCUCUCCAACUCUGACUGAUCAGCUCUUAAAAUAGGUGACCAAAGAGUUCUGAACCUGGCAGCUUUUCCUUAACACCUGGGAGAGAGGGAGAGGAAGGGUGUUACUGCCACUAGGUGGUACUGUGGUGCCUUGCUAAUUGACCAUUGCCUUGGCUCAAGGGCAGUGAAAGGCCUAGAUUCUUUUCCAGCCUCUGUGGACCAAUUUGUGGUCCUGGAGUAGUAUUCCUGAGCCUAUUGCCAUAGAGAGUCCUAAUGCAAACACUUUCCUGCCAGAGGGUGAUGAUCCAAACAUAUGUAAAGUCCAUUGACCAACUGCCAAGCUUUGUGCAAUAGAUGCAGUACAAUUAUCAGGGAAACUGGGAUAUUCAGCAUCUUAAAGAUAAGGAAGUUUGCUUAAGGUCUCAAGACUCUUGAGGAGCAAAGCUAAGGGCUUGAAUCUCAUAAUCUAGAAUUCUUUAUGUUUCAGCAUAUUCAGUGUCUCAGUGAAGGGAAAUUGCCUCCAGAGGCAAAUAUAACCCCAAGCCAGCAAUGAGUAUCCUAAGAACAGAGAAAGAUCCUAUGAAAUGGCUUACUGUAUGGUAAGCAUUUUGCUAAAUACUUUUCAUGUGUUUAAACUUCAUAGUAGACAAUAGGUCAUAUCCCCAUUUUCAGAUGAAGAACCUAAAUUUCAGAGAGGUCCCAUAACUGGUCAUUGAUAAAGCUGGAGUUUGCCAUUUUGCUCUUUUGUCCCCUUUAACUUCGACUAUGAGACAUGCUCUUCUGUCUCAUCUUUUUAAGCUCUUCUUUGCUGUCCUAAAACCUUUACCCUAUUGACACUUAAACUGUGGCAAAUGUUACUGGUAACCAGUGAUCCUCCUGGACAUCACAGAAAAUGGUUGCCAUUAUUCAUUUUAGUUGGGUAAAAAGGAGUAAGCUGCGGAAAAGAAUACUGAAUUGUAUUCAAGGGUGUGAAUGGGCAGUACCGAGUAUUUCUAAAGAGUAAAAAAACAGGAUUUGGCUUAAUUUACUUUUCUUGUUCAGUAAAUCUCAGUUUCUGCUUUUUCAUAUGUAGGAACUAGUGCCUAGAGAGCAUAUGAAAGUUAUGGCAUGGACUACUAGGAGCUGUUAAAUACAAAUAACUUUAGGGCAUCUCUGAUUUGUACCUAAUGGGUAGCAGAGAUUAGAGGUGGCCUAUAGAACUUUUUAGAAGGAAGAGAUUCCUUCCAGAAGAGUAAUUAGGGAAGGAUUAGAGGAUUGUGACACUUGAGUGGCCUAAAAGUAGGAAAGGGUAGAAGGGGAUAUUAAAAACAAAGCAAAGGAUUUCCAUUUAAAUGUGGUAUACUAAACACAUGGGGUUUUGUUUUGUUUUGUUUUUUGUUUUACUUUUUCAAAAACCCCAUUCAAAUGCCAGUAAUGAAAUUCUUCAAAAAAGGCGCAUGACUCAAUAAGGAAAACCAGAGGUGAUCGCAAUGAAUAAGAGACAUUAACAUUUUGGAAAAUGAAAAAUAAAUCAAAGAGUGAAAGUUGAUUUAA